GUAUGAAGUCUCACUCUCCACCCACCAAAUCGUGUGUUCAAAAUUGUAUCUCCAUUCCGACGACGUCUCUCGCUCCGUCAGACUCUCUCUUUUUUUUUUUUGUGAGUCUCGAGGAGAUCCGACAGCCGCAACAAAGUUUCAAGCUUCCAAUAAUGGCGACCAUUCCCAAGAAUUCUAUCAGUUUCCGUGCCUCAAUGCCCGCAUGUCCCCGUUCCCGGAACCCCAAAAUAUCCCACCUUUCAUUCUUUCAUUCCUCGCCCAAUUCUAUCCCGCUCAGGCUCGUCUCCCAUGGAUCCCGGAGGUCUGCAGGCUCCUUUCAAGUCCGGAAUGUGUUCGACACGGUUCAGUCUGCCGACGUGCCCGUUUCCGGGGAGACGGAUCUUAAGCCGCGGGUGCUAGUCUCCGAGAAGCUGGGAGACGCGGGGCUGGAGUUGCUGCGUGGAUUUGGCGACGUGGAUUGCUCCUACGACCUCUCGCCGGAGGAGCUCUGCAACAAGAUCUCCGAGUUUGACGCGCUGAUCGUGCGGAGCGGGACGAAGGUGACCCGCCAGGUGUUCGAGGCGGCCAAGGGCCGCCUCAAGGUGGUCGGAAGGGCCGGCGUCGGGAUUGAUAAUGUGGAUCUGCAGGCCGCCACUGAGUUCGGCUGCCUUGUGGUGAACGCUCCCACCGCCAACACCAUCGCCGCCGCCGAGCAUGGCAUCGCUUUGCUCGCCUCCAUGGCUCGCAACGUUGCCCAAGCUGAUGCUUCCAUUAAAUCAGGCAAUUGGCAGAGGAACAAGUAUGUUGGUGUCUCUCUGGUUGGGAAGACAUUAGCAGUUAUGGGAUUUGGAAAGGUUGGUUCAGAGGUUGCAAGGCGUGCAAAGGGCCUUGGUAUGCAUGUUGUUGCACAUGAUCCUUAUGCUCCAGCAGACAAGGCUCGCGCCGUGGGAGUUGAUUUGGUCUCAUUUGAUCAGGCCAUUUCCUCUGCUCACUUCAUUUCACUUCAUAUGCCUCUUACUCCUGCUACAGAAAAGGUAUUCAAUGACGAAACGUUUGCAAAGAUGAAGAAAGGAGUGCGCCUCAUAAAUGUUGCUCGAGGUGGUGUUAUUGAUGAAGAGGCGCUAGUAAGAGCCCUUGACAAUGGAACUGUUGCACAGGCCGCUCUGGAUGUUUUCACCGAGGAGCCACCAGCUAAAGAUAGCAAGUUAGUGCUUCACGAGAAGGUUACUGUAACGCCUCAUCUUGGAGCUAGCACGAAGGAAGCACAGGAAGGUGUUGCAGUUGAAGUAGCUGAAGCUGUGGUUGGUGCUUUGAAAGGGGAGCUCUCUGCAACCUCCGUUAAUGCUCCAAUGGUCCCUCCCGAGGUUUUGUCAGAGUUAGCUCCUUAUGUUGUGCUAGCCGAGAAACUGGGUAGGAUGGCUGUGCAGUUAGUGGCUGGGGGAAGUGGAAUUCAGUCCAUUAAGAUAGUGUAUAAAACAGCUAGGAGCCCUGACAGCUUGGACACCAGACUUCUCCGAGCCAUGGUGACUAAAGGGAUUAUCGAGCCUAUAUCAGACACGUAUAUCAACCUUGUGAAUGCAGAUUUCACGGCCAAGCAGAAGGGUCUCCGAAUCAGUGAAGAGCGAGUAUAUGUCAACUCAUCUACAGAGGACCCUGUCGAGACAAUCCAGGUGCAAAUAAGCAGUGUUAAGUCCAAAUUCGCGAGUGCUUUGAUGGAGAAUGGGAAUAUCUGUGCCGAGGGGAGAGUGAAGGACAGCAGUAUUCCUCAUCUCACCUGUGUGGGAUCAUACAGCGUUGAUGUGAGCUUGGAUGGAAACCUAAUACUUUGUCGCCAAGUUGAUCAACCCGGAAUGAUUGGGAAGGUUGGAAACAUUCUUGCAGAGAGCAAUGUGAAUGUGAGCUUCAUGAGUGUGGGAAGGACUGGUAGGAGGACAACGGCUAUCAUGGCAAUUGGAGUUGAUGAAGAGCCAACCAAGGACACCCUCAAGAAGAUUGGGGAAGUGGCUGCAAUUGAAGAGUUCGUUUUCCUCAAACUUUAGAGAUCAUACAAGGAAACGCCUUGGUCGAUCAACAAAUACUUUUGCAUUCGAGUAGUAGAUUAGUCGAUGGUAAUAAACGGUGGCACUACAGUAACGAAGAAUUGGUUAUUGUCAACCAUCUUCUUUAGUAUUUCAAAGGAAAAUGUUUGCCAUAUCAUAGCUUGCUUUUAGAUCUGCAAUUUCAUCUUCACUUGAGACACCCUUACUCUGGGGAGUAUUGGUUUAGUGGUGUGGUUGGUUGUAAAAGUUAUGCUAGAAACUGGUAGUCAUGGAAGAACUGCACUUGUGUGCUUAUCUUCCAUAUUCUUGUUUUAGUUCUCCUCUUGCUUACCUUUUGUAUUAUCCAUCCAUGUAUUCUAUCUA